AUGUUCUUGUUUGGUCACAAUCAAAUCUCUCAAUCACAAGCAGAUCGUAUCGCAAAGAAUGUUCUACGCCAUCAACCAUUAAUCGAUCUUCAUGUGGAUCUACCAGUCGUAUUACGAUAUAGAUAUCAUAAUGAUCUAUUCAAAACAGAUUAUGAUGGUCCACUAAGCGGACAUGUAGAUCUUGAGAGACUACAAAAAGGCGGCUCAGGUGGAUUCUUCAGUAUCGCAUUUGCACCAUGUCCAAAAGAUUCUCCAAAAGGCGAUGAAGAUGAAGAGGAACGAAACAGACUUUUCUUGCAACCUUCGAAUAGCGUUCGUGAUACGCUUGAACAAAUUGAUAUUACCCAUCAACUUGUUGCACAAUACUCGGAUCAAAUCGCAUCAGCCACAUCCCCAAAAGAUAUACUGCACAACUUCAAAAAUGGAAAGAUCAAUCAUCUUAUCGGUGUUGAAGGUGCGCAUCUACUCGGAAAUUCGUUAGGUACUCUUCGCACAUUCUAUGAUUUAGGAGCUCGAUAUCUCACUUUGACACACACUUGUCACAACGCCUUUGCCGAUACUUCAGGCUCUAGUGAGAACGAAGCAGCAAAACCUUUGCAUGGUGGAUUGAGUGCAUAUGGAAAACGGCUUAUUCGCGAAAUGAAUAGGUUAGGAAUGAUUGUUGAUGUCUCUCAUACAUCUGACGAUACGACGAAGCAAGCUAUUGUACAUUCAGAAGCACCUGUCGUUUUCACUCAUAGUGGCGCACGCACAAUCAACAAUCAUACCCGCAACGUUCCUGAUGAAAUCUUGGAACUUGUUUCAGAGAAAAGUGGUCGAGAUGCUGUUAUUGGAAUACCGGCACUGCCUUCUUUUGUUGCCAUUGAACCGGAACGUCAAACUGUUCAAACGGUUGCCGAUCAUGUCGAGCAUAUUGCAAAGGUAGCAGGCAAGAGCAGGGUGGCUAUUGGGUCAGACUUUGAUGGAUUCCUUCAAGAACCGAUCAGUGGACUGGAGGACGUAUCAAAGUAUUCAAACCUAUUGUCUGAAUUAGCAAGCAGAGGAUGGACACAGGCCGAAUUGAAAGGCUUGGUGAGCGGGAACUUCUUGCGAGUCUUUGGCAAGAUUGAAAGUAUCGGAAAAGCACACUCCCGCAAAGGAACAAAAGCAGACACAAAACCAUGGAAUGCUAGAACGGAUCUAGGACUUACAUAG